GGGGGGGGGGGAAAGAUAACAGGGGGAGGCAGCGUCCGAACGUGCAGACUGCUUGCUUCAGCUUCGUCCUCUCACUCUGGCACCCGGGUCGGAUCCGCUCUCGUCCUCGUCCCACUCUCUUCCUGGCCCAGGCGAUGGGAGUGGGUCUACGAGGCCUACCCUUUGUUUCCUGUCCUCCCUCCCUAAAUCUCAGGUAAGCCAGCUCCUCCUAGCCUCUACCCAGCCAAUUUUGACCCACCUCCUGGGUUCCUUUGGAGGCCUAUUAAGAGGAUAAACAGGUGGGGAUAGGACAAUGCUCUUAGCAUCAGUGCUGGGGAGCAGCCCCCGUGGGGGUUCCUCACUCUGGCCACUGGCUUCCCCGGCUCUUCGAUUCUGGUCUACUUCGGCCACUGACACCCAUCACAUGGAACUGGCCAGAGAGCGAUCCAAGACUGUCACCUCUUUCUACAACCAGUCAGCCAUUGAUGCUGCAGCUGAGAAGCCUUCUGUCCGUCUCACUCCAACCAUGAUGUUGUACUCAGGCCGUUCCCAGGAUGGUAGCCACCUGCUGAAAAGUGCCCGUUACCUACACCAUGAGCUCCCUGUUCGUAUAGCUCAUCGUAUCAAAGGCUUCCGAAGUCUGCCUUUCAUCAUUGGCUGCAAUCCUACCAUUCUCCAUGUGCAUGAACUCUAUAUCCGAGCCUUCCAAAAGCUGAGUGAAUUUGCCCCGAUAAAGGACCAGGCAUCUGAGGCUCAGUAUUGCCAGUUGGUCCGUCAACUUCUAGAUGAUCACAAAGAUGUGGUAACUCUUCUGGCUGAGGGACUUCGAGAGUGCCGGAAGCAUAUCCAGGAUGAGAAACUGGUCCGAUAUUUCUUGGACAAGACACUGACGUCACGGCUGGGAAUCCGUAUGUUGGCCACCCAUCACCUGGCUCUGCAUGAGGACAAGCCCGACUUUGUGGGGAUCAUCUGUACUCGACUCUCCCCAAAGAAGAUCAUUGAGAAGUGGGUGGACUUUGCCAGGAGGCUGUGUGAACACAAGUAUGGAAAUGCCCCUCGAGUUCGAAUCAAUGGCCAUGUGGCUGCCCGGUUCCCCUUCAUCCCAAUGCCCCUGGACUACAUUCUUCCUGAGCUGCUGAAGAAUGCCAUGAGGGCCACAAUGGAAAGCCAUCUAGACACUCCAUACAACGUCCCGGAUAUUGUCAUCACUAUUGCCAACAAUGAUAUCGACCUUAUAAUCAGAAUUUCAGAUCGGGGUGGGGGCAUCGCUCACCACCACUUGGACAAAGUGAUGGACUACCAUUUCACUACGGCCGAAGCCAGCACUCAGGACCCCCGAAUCAAUCCGCUUUUUGGUCACCUGGAUACAAACAGCAAUGGCCAGUCAGGACCUAUGCAUGGGUUUGGUUUUGGUCUUCCUACAUCCAGGGCCUAUGCAGAAUACUUAGGUGGCUCCCUUUGCCUCCAGUCCUUGCAAGGGAUCGGCACAGAUGUCUACCUACGACUUCGGCAUAUUGAUGGCAAGGAAGAGAGCUUCCGGAUCUGACCCAUCUAGCCUGCCCUUGCUCGGGCCCUCCCCCGGGACUUGCCAGGGGAAGCUGCCUGCUUCUUUCCCUCUUCUCACCAUAAUACUGUUAAGUCCCCCCCAUUCCUUCCAGGUCUUGCAAAUUGGUCUGCAGUAUUCAGAGCCAGGAGCUCCCCUCAGGACCUUUGUUAAUGGCUUGUCAGGAAUUUCUGAACCUUUUUUUCCUUGCUGUUUAACCUUGGACUCUGGGCAAUCAGGACUUAGACUCCCAGCUCCCCUGAGCCCAGUAGACCAGGGUUGGUAACUCAAGAAUUUCUAUCCGUCAGUUACUGCAGUCCUUCCUUUCAAAGCCUUCCUCAUUUUUCCUAUCUUCUCUGCUUCUGGCUUUUUGACCCAGAGCUGCAGAUGAUGGGGUGGAGGGCGCUUUGGAGGCCCCAGAGGCCUCCUUCGUCAUACAUGUUGCUGGGGAAGUGGGCUUGGGGGUCCUUGAAUCCCCAUUCCCCUCCCCAUCCACUGCUGUGUUUGUAAUAUUAAAGUGCACAUUUUGAAAGCCCCUC